CGAACAGUUUACCGCGGUCUGCUGAGAGAUACUUGCAAAGGGUCUUUUUUUUUGCCCCCGUGCUAAGGUACAGCUUCUGAUCGGAUGGUCGAUAAAUGGGGUUUCUGACAUCUUUUUGUGGACCUCUGGAUUUAAGAUAUUUUUUUUUUCCCCAAGAAGUGUAACACCAUUUCAAGGAGGAAUUCGCUGUUGAAAUAUGGUAAAAACGUCGAUGCGCGAACGAAAGGCACGGAAUACUCAUACGUAGCAGUCGAGUUCAAAGUACCUUUGAAAAGGCGGGCAAAUGUUUACUAAAUGGAGUGUAAAUGUGAUAAAGUAGCUCUCACAAUGCGAGCAGCAUCAUCAUGUGGCACAGGCUCCGAGGAAGCGGCCUUGUGAAGAUGGGACGUCUCUUUUGAACAAGUUGUCGAGGUACUUUAGUUAGGUGCGCAGAAUGUCGGAGAGAGACGACGAAUUGCCGGGAUAUUUAUGGACUGUUUAACAGCCUGGAUGUCGGGAAUUUCUGAUCGCCUUUUUUCAUCAACUUAAGCUGUUUUGGAUAAUGGAUGGCCGAGAUUUCGGACCCCCCCGAUCAAUCCACGAAGCUCCUUCGUUGCUCUCCGGGCUGGCGAUGGAGACGCACCGACUUGCAGCCGGCAGAAUCGCUCAGACCCCCGGUCACUUGGGCGCGGGACACGCGGUCAACCUCUACGCUGGGAAAUACUUACCGACGGCCAUUAACCUCCAUUCUCAGCACGGUGAUGCCUUUUCAGGUGGCUCCACCUCCUUCCUUGGAAGCUAUGUAGGCUCCUCCCACCCACAUGGAACCCCCAGCCCUAUGCCUUCUGACUCAUCCUUCAGAGCACCUAAUUCCACAAAUUUGCAGAUGGCUCAGCUGUGGGCAUCGCACCCUCAUGAAGGUUUCCCUCCCCUGCCCAGCAGUCUCUACUCAAGCCCCUAUCUUCCACUGGGACCCAUGGAGGCCCCCAGCAGCAGCCCCCUCCAUGCCCAGCUGGGCCAGCACACACUCUUUGACUCGCAAAAAGAUGGCUUUUACCUGCCGGGCCACCCAGCACAGCCGGCAUUGCACUCCCAGCCCCCCUCUUGUAGAACUCCAGCCAUCCAUAUAGCCAGCUCUGCGUCCAGGGAAAAGGAGCUCCUUCCACAUCCCAAGGGACCCAAGGACUCUGUAAGGGAGACCAGCAGAGAAAAGCCUUACAAGAGUGAACCUGGUCCCCUGCUUACCCGCCGGGACAAGGAGCGGCCCAGGGAAGAAGCACGGCCACGCAGUGUGGUGGACCUUACCCAGGAGGUGAAGGUAGAGGAAGAAAGGAGGCCAGGUGGCACUGACCGGCCCCCUCACAGUGGGGGAAGCUCAUCACCUUUCCUCGAUGAGCAUCCACCUAUGACGAGCUACGAAACCAAGCACAAGCACCCCCCCUCUCAAGCCACCUUGUCCGGAACCUGUAGGAGUGUUGGCAGUGGCAUGCGGUGCCAGGGCACCGAACAAGAGCGAUGUGACAGGACAGUGGCGCACGAGGAGGAGGAACUGCGUUCUGGCGCCCCUUCCCUCCCUGACAAGCUGAAGAAGUGUGACUCUGUUGUGAUGUGUGCAGCGAGCAUCCAUGUGUCCUGUGACUGCCCCUCCCCACGCAGCAAUCCACCCCAGCCUCCUCCCCGACUAGUGUUCUCUGGCAAGAACCCAUCACCGAGCCUCUACCCCCCCCACUCACCUGCUGGAAGGGAAGCAGGGAAGGACCACAGAGUGAUCGCACCGACAUUUGUGCCUUCUGUUGAGGUUUACGAGAGGAACGGGCCCAUCCAGAUAGCCUCUCAAGCCCGCGACAACAAAAAUGACAAAAUCAGCGAGAGGAACAGUGCUCGCUUUGGGGGCUUGCAAGUGGGGCCCGAGAGAACUCUGCUGGAUCCUUUACGACCCCCUUACGUGCUGGAGCGUGUUCAUGGGGACAGCAAGAGGGUAGAGCUGGUGAGGGAAGAGGGCUCAGUCAUCAGGUCAAACGCUGUGCCUGUGAAACGACUUCCACCCCCUGAGUCGUAUAUGUGCAGACCGGGCCACACCCCUGAUGCUCGAGACUUAACUAGUGCCACUCCCAAAGAUGUCGUCAAAGUGGGUCUUGAAAGUGAAUACCGAAGCCAGGAGCGUGAGCGGGUGCCCAGGCCCUCCGGGAGAGAUUCUGCCAAGGUGCACAAUGGCACAGACCCCACUAGGGUUCCUACCGAGCAGCAGUCCCUGAAGGGCUUCCCAUCCACUGACCUCAAGUGGAAACCCUUUGAAAUGGGAAACUAUGCCUCAAAUCAGAUGGCAGUGCUGGUGGCCCAGCAUGGGCUUGGCAACCGGGCAGAUGAGGAGGGGAAGAAGGCGUACUUGGAUGCCCCAGUAAUUCCAGGGCCUGCAGGAGUGGGGGUCUCGGAGGGCUCUGUGCCCGGUGCCCGAGGGGAGGUAUCGGCUAUGCAGAGCCUGAUCAAGUACAGUGGCAGUUUUGCCAAAGAGCCUAAUGCUAUUCAUGGCUCUGAUACCAAGUACCCAUUUGGCGGCUUGGGCAGCGUGAAGCUGGAAACCAGUUCCCUGGGGGGUUCCAAGGCACAGCCUCUCCUGCCCCUGCAGCCCACGAAGCACCUCAAGAGGGAUCCAGAGCGGCCCGAGAGCGCCAAGUCCUUUGGCCGUGAAAGCAUUGGCCCCCAGGGUGAGGUGGAGGUCAGGCACCCCCCAGUGGGCAUUGCAGUGGCAGUCGCCCGUCAGAGGGACAGCAGCAAGUCAAGCUCAAGCCUAGUGGAUCGGGACCGACCCCUGCUGGUGGGCAGUGUCAAAGCCUCAGGCCGUCCUCAGGAUGACAGAGGUGACGAGCGUGUCCGUCACCGUGACGACCGACUUCUGGCUGGGCGCCUGGAGAAAGAGCAGGAGAAGCUGCUGCGGGAGAGUAAGGAGCUGUCUGAGUACACGCAGAUGCACCCUCCCAUUGUGUCUGCCAGCAGCUUGAACCCCAACCUCAUGGUCACAGGUGGCCCCAGCCUCACUGGUCCUAGCCGGUGCCCUUUGGAUCCUGGCUCCCAUCCCUGGGUUCCCCGAGCAGGUGGCUCUCACAUGUGGCUUCCCAGCUCGCACUACGGCCUGGGCCCCCCUCCUCUCCACCAAAGCCUGCCCCCAGGAUACCCCCCAGCCCUACCUGGCUCCAUUCCACCAUCGUACCAGUUUGCCCGGGACCCCCAGUCAGGACAGCUGCUGGUCAUCCCCACUGAACACCUUCCCCACUAUGCAGCAGAGCUGAUGGAGCGUGCCCCCCCGCUGUGGCCUGCCAUGUACCCCCCGCCAGGUAGCUCCCUCCAGCACGCCCACCAGCUACAGCUCCUGUCCCACCAGCAGUUGCUGCGCCAGCAAGAACUCUAUAUGAUCCAGCAACAGGCAGCCCAGGUCCUAGAGCUGCAGAGGAGUGCCCAGUUUAUGGAGCGACUGAAGGCGAGCGAACAAAGAGCCGAGCUAGAAGAGAAAACGGCCAAGAGAAAUGGCGAGGUCUCCAAGGAGAGUCUGUCAACAAACUCGGCACCCUCCCUACACUCCCGAAAGCCAACAGCCUCGACCUCUUAUGGCAAGGCCCUGACUCUACUGCCUGUGCCAUCGCUGCCCUCCCCCGUUGCAGCCCUGAAGUCGGAGAGGCAGCAGAAAUCAGAGGUGGCUCUCGGACAGCAGUCCUACUCCACCCAUACCCCAAACCCUCCGAGCCCUGUUUCUACCUCACCUCCCUCUGUUCCAUCCAAAGAGGAAUCUGUGCAAGAGGGUGAGAAAAAAGAACUGGAGCUCCAGAAAAAGGCUGCUUCCCCAUUCCAGACGUUAUAUUCUGAAAUCCCUCCUGGCUACCCCUACCAACCCAUAAGUGCCCCAUUCGGCAGCCACUAUCCUUACCUCCUCCAGCCAGCAGCAGCUGCUGAUGCGGAUGGGCUGGCCCCAGACGUACCAUUGUCAGCAGGGGUCUCGGACCACCUGGCAACCCCUGGUGACAUCAAGCCUGUGCGAACGCGCUCUCCGGUCAUGGUGGAGCCUCUGCACAAUUCCAGACCACUACCAUCUACUGAGGAAAGCCCAGCACUCAAGCAAGAGCCAAACUUGGAGGACAGCAAGGAGGGCCUGUGCCAGGAGGACAUGGGGCCAUUGUGUGGUAGGACAAUGUCACAUGCUGUCUCCAGCCAUGAUGAUGCCAUUCCAUCAGAACUAGAGGAUCACCAUGCAGCUACCUGCCCGCCUGAGAUUGAGAUAGAUGAGGAUGAGCAAAGGCAAGAGAAAGUAAAGCAACAAGAGAUUUCUGUCCAGAGCUGUGAGGUUCUGCCCUGCCAGUCACCUUCAGGCCCUGUCCCUGCCACCCCUGUUCCGGAAAUCAUGGAGGUCUCGGCAAGCCCUCGGGUGACAAGCUUUGACCUCUCAAGCCAUUAUGAGGAGGCCCAGGAAUGCCGCAUUGAACUCGAUCUGCUACAGCAGGCUGCUUCCUCUGCCAAGGAGCUCAACUGCAGCCCUGAGUUUGCUGAGCCAUCGGUGGUCAAAUCCCCCAGUGCACCUGGGUCCUCCUGUGAUGGUCCAUUCCUGCUGCACCCUUGCCCUCCAACGGAGCCUCUACCACCGGGUCAUCUGAGCAUCAUGCCUGAGGACCCAAUGGCAGGCAUGAUUGCGCUGGUGACGGCCAGUGAACUUCCCCAGGCUGGGCCGGUGCCCGAGCACCCCUGGGAUGGCACGUCCCUGGAGGGAAUGGUCCUUCUAAGCCAAAUGGCAAUGCUGGAGCUGGAGAGGCAGAGCAUACACACCCAACCAUAUUUGCGAGUUCCCUGUUGGACUGGGUUGUGCUCUGUGCGUCCAGGUCAAGCUGUUCACGUGGGCCUGGACAUCCUCCUGGAGGUUGGCAGGCAGGUUCUACUGGAGGCACAGGAAUGCAGCCCCACUAUCAUGCUGCGCCUCCCCAGGGAGCUCAAGGCCAACAAGAAGUACAGCUGGAUGCAGAGGAAGGAUGAACCGCUGUACUCAAAGUCUGGUAUGGAGGCCAUGGAUGCCAUGGAGGUGGACUUCAGAAUGAAACUGGCCGAGCUGCAGAGGAGAUACAAGGACAAGCAGAGGGAGCUGAUGAAACUGCAGCGGCGGCGUGACUGCGAGGAAAAGCAAGAGGAGAAGAGCAGGAGCUUGGCCAGGAGGGGUCCUGGGAGACCCCGGAAGAGGAAGCAUAGCCUGUGCACUCUCACGUCACCCACGAGCAAACUGCACCCAAAGUGCACGAAGUUUGGCAGGGGCCUGCUCUUAUACGAAGACUCCGAAACCGGAGAGGUCCUGCGGAAGCGGUUCCGAGGGCCUGGCCUCGACGAAGAUGAGGAGCUGGAGAACAGCAUAAUAAAGAUACAAACAAAAGACUCUAAAAAGAGGAAAGUGUGCGAGCAGGAGUUGGCAAGUAAGCUGGACAAAGCCCUGUCCCUCACCAAGCUGGGCAAAAUGAAAAAACUCCCGUUUAAGUUCGUAGAUGGCCCGUCGGGGAAGUCCCGUGUCGUGCCUGGAAGCUGCAGCAAGCUCCACAACCUGGAGAUGAAACCCAGGGUGGGCAAACAGGGCCACUCUAAAGGUUUCCCCAUCUACGAAAAGCCUUCCAAAGGAUGUAAAAGCAAAAUGGUGGCCAAAACCAAGGGCGUGGAGUCGUGCCUCAAGGUCAGAGGUCAGCGAAAAGCUUCAUUCUCUCCAGCACGAUCAGAAAUUAGCAGCUACUCUAACAAUACAGACUCUGAGGAGGAUAAGGAUGAUAAAUCGAUGAAGCAGAGCUGGCUUUCCCAGCCCCUUUUGAGCGGAGACAGGUCUUGCACCCGCGGGUCCAGCCAGAGCAGCGCAGGCUCUCGGAAGAGCCGACCCCCAUCAAAAAGGGGCUCAUCGUCAGGGACUGUGAAAGCCAAGCGGGUCCUGGGCAGGACGAAACACAGGCAUUUUGCUUUACUGCUUCAGGAGGCCGAGGCGUACUCGUCUGAGGACUCGUUUGACCAAGAAUACUUCUCUGAGAAGGAGGACUAUGAUGAUGACGAAGAGGAGGAGGAGUAUGAGUACGACCUGGAUGCCAGCGAUGAGCUGUGCUCUCCGUCUCUGGAAGAGAGUGGACUGGGCCUCCUUGCGCGCUUCGCUGCCAGUGCGAUCCCCAGCCCUGUGGGCCCCACUCCGCUCUCUGUCAUCCAGAUGGAGGCCAAACAGAAGUCCAGGAAGAAGGAGGCGAGGCAGAGCCUUCUAGGCACUGAGUUUGAGUACACGGACUCCGAGAGCGACGUUAAAAUUCGCAAGAACUUCCCCUCUCUUUUGCAUGGGAAACGGGCGGCUCCAGAGCUGCCCCUGUUGCCCCCAGCAGGGGCCCGUCGAGAAGACUCUAGUCCCUGCAAGCUGAAGAUGGCCCGUGGGCGUGGCCAGUGGCCCAGGAAGCCCAGAUCACCGCGGGAAUCCAGUGUUGACCUGGGUGCUGAGGCGAGCGAUGAAGACCCCUGGACACGGAGAAGGAGUGAGCGCAUCUUCCUUCAUGACGCCGCCACCAUGUCCGGCCAGCUCUCGCUACCAGGCGCCGCUCCCAAACCCACCCGUUGUGCAAAAGUUACGUCUCUCAGCCCAAAGAAAGAAGGAUCCAAGCCCAAGGAAGUGAAGGACAUUGUCAAGAAGAAGAACGGAGGUAAAGAAAACCCUCUUUCGCUGGGCCCCCCCCAGCUGUCUAGCGUACCCUCAGAGACCCGCGUGGCCGUUCCUGAUUCACCUGGUAGCCUUGGGCGCAAGGCUGGGGGCAAAUCCAAGUCCAAAGAGCCAAAGAAAGAGCAGGCCCGGGGGAAAGGUGGAGCCGUCAGCAAGCUGAUGGAGAGCAUGGCUGCUGAUGAGGACUUUGAGCCCAACCAGGACAGCAGUUUCUCGGAAGAUGAGAACGUUCCACUGGAAGCCCCCUUGGACAGGCCUGGGACACCUGCCCCUCGCAACUGUGUGAUAGACAAGGAUGAGCUGAAGGACGGGCUGAGGGUGCUCAUUCCCAUGGAUGACAAGCUUCUGUAUGCUGGCCAUGUGAGCACUGUCCACUCACCAGACAUAUAUAGAGUGAUGGUGGAAGGCGAGCGAGGAAACCGGCCGCACAUCUACUGCCUGGAGCAGCUGCUGCAGGAAGCGAUUAUUGAUGUGAAGCCCCCUUCUGUGAGGUAUCUUCCCGAGGGCACCAGGAUUGCCGCCUACUGGAGCCAGCAGUACCGCUGCUUAUACCCAGGAACAGUUGUCAGAGGAAAUACAGACAUGGAUGAAGACAAUGAUUUGAUUACUGUGGAGUUUGACGACGGUGACACUGGCAGGAUCCCACUCUCUCACAUCCGUCUGCUGCCUGCCGACUAUAAGAUUCAGUGUGCAGAGCCAUCUCCGGCCCUUCUGGUGCCCAACACAAAGAGACGUGGAAGGAAGUCCAGUAAGGAUGUUUCCGAAAACAAGGAGGUUACUGUACAGUCCUUGGAGAAUCCUGUUCCCAAGAGUAGGGGAAGGAAACCAAAACCAAAAUCUGAGCCAGAAGCUGUUCCUGAGGAGCCGGAGAAGGGAGAAAAGUUGUUGUCCACAGAUUCCCAGACAAAGCCUGAGGUCUCUGGGAGACCAGGCCCCAGGCCAGGAAGAAAGUGCCAGCAGACCAGCACAGCAGGCUCCCUUCUGCCUGUGCCAAAUGGGCGCCAGAAGAAAACCAUGCGAGUCAAAGCUCCAGCCAAAGUCUACUCUCAGCUGCAGCCGGUCUACAACUCCCCUAUUUAUGGAAAAGCCCUCCCAGUUGAUAUCUACAAGGACUCACCAAACUCACAUAGCUCUUGUGUUUCCAGCAGUGAAGGCAGCAGUGCAGGGAAAGUGCGAUCAGUCAAGAGAGGGAAGAAAAACGAAGACCCCCCCGAAGGUGAGCUUGGAACAAAGCCACAGAGGAAAGCACCUCAGGCUGAGCUUCUGAUCAAACUGGACCAUGAAGGUGUAAUGUCUCCCAAAACCAAGAAAACAAAAGCUCUCAUGAUGAUGGAAGACCAAAGUCUGUCCAAACGUGAGAACAAAGCUGUGAUGGGUGUGUCUUAUACGCCCAUUAUACCUGAGGAAUCGAACCCAAAAUCAAAGAAAGCUAAAGUUUCAGAGAAAGAAAAUCCCAAGGCCGGGAGUGUUUCAACCUAUAGCAUUAGGGAGCUGGGAAGCAGUACGGGUGGUUUGGUGAAGGUCAAGGAACCCCAGGUGAAUGAGGCAGAUUCCGAGAGCAGCAGCAGCAGUAGCGGCAGCUCGGAGUCUGAAGGAGAGGAAGAACAGUCACUGGAGAAAGAGACACAGGACACCAGUUCCAGUAGCUCCAGAGCCUCUACCCCUGCUUCUAACUCUUCCAGCUCCUCUGCUACCAGUUCCUCGUCGUCAUCCUCUGGCUCCACUUCUUGCUCUUCAUCCUCAUCAUCGUCGUCCUCCUCAUCUUCCUCCUCCACUUCAUCCACGACUGACGAAGACUCCUCAUGCAGCUCUGAUGAGGAGACCCCGGUGUCAUCUCAGACUCCGUUGGUCACACAGCAGGCCCAAGCCCAGGCAAUGGAGCAGCUAUCCGUGCAGCCGGAACCGCCCUCUCCAGCCACCAGAAAAGUCCCAAAGCAGCAGCCUCAGAAGCAGCAGGGCAACGGCCGUGCCAAAAGGCGUGAGGGGAUCCACCUCCCCACUACUAAGGAGCUUGCCAAGAGGCAGAGGCUGCCCUCUGUGGAGAACCGCCCUAAAAUCUCAGCCUUUCUUCCAGCCAGACAGCUCUGGAAGUGGUUUGGGAAACCCACACAGAGGCGUGGAAUGAAAGGGAAGGCAAAGAAGCUGUUCUACAAGGCCAUUGUGCGUGGGAAGGAGAUGAUCCGCAUCGGAGACUGUGCGGUGUUCCUUUCGGCCGGGAGACCUAACCUUCCGUAUAUUGGGCGCAUCCAGAGUAUGUGGGAGUCUUGGGGCAACAAUAUGGUGGUCCGAGUGAAAUGGUUCUACCACCCCGAGGAGACCAACCCUGGAAAGAAAUUCCAAGAGGGCAAGAACUGGGAUCCAAAAUCGAGGGGCCUUCCUGCAGCUCUGCAGGCCUCCAGCCAAAGGAAGGACUUCAUGGAGCGAGCAUUGUACCAGUCAUCUCACAUUGACGAGAAUGACGUGCAGACAGUUUCUCACAAGUGUCUGGUUGUCAGCCUGGAGCAAUAUGAGCAAAUGAUCAAGACAAAGAAGUACCAGGACAGUGAGGACCUCUACUACCUAGCAGGCACUUAUGAGCCAACAACUGGCAUGAUCUUCAACACAGAUGGUGUUCCCAUCAUUUGCUGAGGCCCCAUAGUGAGGAGGCGACUUAUGAUUGCACCCAGAGGGAGAAUGAGACUCUCCAGAGUAGAGAGACAGUGGUGUCAGGAGGCAUGUGAAAAUGUGUAAUUUCAUUGCCAUGAACAAAAUCAUUUGUAACAGUUAUAGGUGCAUCAUUCAUGGGACCCCGGUGACACUGUGUCCCUCUAGCACGGGUACAUUGUGAAAAUCGAGGCAAGGGAGCGUGGAGAGAGCAGUGCUGCGUGUCAACAUCGACGGAAGGAGGUGGCACUUUCUUCGGCCCUCCAGCGGAGUCAGAUGUUUGUACAGCACCCUGCUACAUGCCAUGUACAGACUUGAACUGUAUUUGAUGCAGAGGACACAAAGUCAGUGGCGAGCUCUCCUGCGUCUGCAGUGAAACACACGUGCCCAUGCUGGUUUGGCGGUAUUCAGAUGGCAAGUGGCAACUGCAGACCGUGUGUGUCCAAAAGAGGAGCUUGUGCACCAUGUUUCAGGGGUGCAAAGAACUUCCUUCAGCAGUACUAAUUGUGUGGUGCAGCAUGUGGGAUUGCGCAGAUCUUGCUGGGUGCCUUUGCUGAGCUGCUCAGGGCCACUUGGCAAGCUGCAGGCGCUGCCAAGCGGGUGCCUCCCCCAAGGCCCUGGGAGCCUGCAUGGCUAAGCUGCGCCUCAUGCCGAGCACCAGCAGCAAACAUUGGCAGGGGUCUGGAGGACACGCCUGUCAUAGACCUCCCAACACUGGCCACAGCACAAGGCCUGGUUUCCCCAGGGUGCCACAUAAAGGAGAGGUGGUGGUCUGCGUGAACAGCAGGAAGGGAAGCGGUCACGAUCCUGCAUGUGUCUGGUAGGAAUGCUUAUAGUUCAUGGAUGGAGUGCUGCGUAGCAUGCCGGACACACGUCUAAGUGCCGCUGCAGACAGUAGACACAGUAAACACAGAUGACAGCACAGCACCGUGAACAGCUCUAUGAGAAGACUACUGUUUGAGGAGGGCGCACAACUCCUACCUUUAGGGAAUGGUAGAAAGGCAGAUGCACGGUUUUUUUCCCCCCCAUCUGACAAACCUGCCAGACUUUCUUGACCUCCGUCAGGAUCUGUCUUAGUAUUUCUUGGGUAAUUUUCUGUACCCAACUAAGAACUGACCGUCCAAACUCAGCCAGUCAAGGGAAAGCGGAUGAAUGCAAACUCCCCACAAGUGGGUUUUUUUUUUUUUUUUUUUUUUUUUUUCCCCCCUCACCCUCUGAAGUUUCUCAGCUGGGAGACAAGCCCUUUUGCAAGACCCAAUCUGAACUGGUGUAGAAGGAA